UCCGGCAGCGGCAAGUCGACUCUCGUCGCGCUGCUCGAGCGCUUCUACGACCCGCAGCGCGGCGCGAUCACCCUCGACGGUGUCGACAUCCGCACGCUCAACCUGCGCUGGCUCCGCUCCCAGCUUGGGCUGGUGGGGCAGGAGCCGGUGCUCUUCGAGGGCACCGUCGCGGAGAACAUUGGCUACGGCAAGGAGGGCGCCUCGCAAGACGAGAUCGAGGAGGCGGCGCGGGCGGCGAACGCGCACGGCUUUGUGAUGGACAGCCUGCCCGACGGCUACGCCACGCAGGUGGGUCUCCGCGGAGGCAUGCUUUCGGGCGGCCAGAAGCAGCGGGUGGCG